UCGAAGGCACCAGUUUAUUUCACUUUCAUAUGUCGAUUAAAACGACAGAUUAGUUAUUUAACCAUUUGUCCCCAAUUUUCAUUGAAUAAUGGAACGUUAUUUUGCUCUACUCAUAAUUGGUUGCUUCGUGCCGAAUAUUUUCAGUGCUCCUCGAAUCAAAGAAAAUAUUACAAAUGCGGUGAAAAGAGUUAAUAUGGCAGCGGAAUUGGGAGCAAAUUUGAUGUUAGAAUGUCCUGAGGUUCCGUUUGAAACUAAGUUGGCCGUCAGUCUAGGAAAAGCUGCUGUAUACGGGGCGUCGAAGUUUCAAAAGACAGGAUGUUUGAAAGACGCAACCAAAAUGGUUGUGGGUACAUUGUGCAUUGACGGCAUUGCAAGCAUUGACAGUGCCAACGCUGCCAUUGAUUCUAUUGCUUUGGAACACCCUAGAAGCGAGGCUAGUUUAGACAAUAUUAUCCAUGAGAUUACUAAAGGAAAAACCAAGAAAAGCGCAAAAAGAAACAAAUUGAGAAAUGUACCUUUGGAGGGUAUAAUAAUCGAUGAUGGAAGAGAUAAGGAUACCACUUUACGUCAGAUAAAAAUUGAAUAGAUCCGAUAGCAGAAGAAACACGAAGGGAGAAUAUCGACAACAUCGUCAUGACUUUUUCUAUCAAAUCAUGUCUCUAACAAAUGAAAACCAUCGCAAAUGAGCUUAAUUACAAUCUCCAGCAGAAAUAUAUCACUGAAAAACAACUACAAAUUUUCAUUACUUGUUGUUUUGCUAUUAUUUUUUCAGAGUCAAAACUAAAAUAAAAUGUCUUACAUCCGUAAGAUGAACUUUUUCGCACUGUGA